UUCUGGAACCCAAUAAUUUCUUUAAUGGAAUAUUAUAUAUACCCCUCUCCUUUUCUCCUUUCUCCAUCUUCUCCAUCUUCUUCUCCAGCUUCCAUGGCUAGGGUUCCAAGUUUUCGGCUUCAUUCCUUGAACCAAGGUUUCCCCUCUCCUCGGACGCAGGCCGAGGAUUCCAUUAGAAGCUUGGCUUUAGUAUUUGCACUCACCUUCAGCCUUCAAUUUGAAACGACACAAGACUAUGCCUUUCUCAGUAUUUGCAUUGUGAAUUUCAUAAUCUCAGUGAUGCUCGUUGUGCUCUCAAUUUGCACCCCACAUUCUUACAGAGCCAUGACAGUGAUGAGGGCUCUCUCAGCUUUAAGACAUGGACUAUUCAUUGCGGCUUUUCUUCUUCAGGGGAUAUUUUCACUCCCCAAGAGAAAAAUCAUGGAUCUUCACUGGCGUUCUUUUAUUCUCACUGCUCUGGCUGUCUGUCCAUUUGCCCGUUAAUGAGAGACAGAGCAAUGAGAUAGAUUAAGUGUAUCUAGAGAGAGAGAUAAGAGAUUAAUUGUAUUUUGGGGCAUCACUGGUUGGGGGUGGAUGCUUCCGCAUAAUCCCCCCAACUCUAUUUUCUAGGUUAAUAUAUUUUUUUUUUAAAUAAAAAAUAAUAAUGAAAUUUUGUCUAUGCUUCUCUAACCAUCCAACCGUUCAAUUUUGAUAAAAAAAGCCACUCAACGUUUGAUCUUAGAUCCGACAUCUCAAAGUAUUUUAUUUUUAAUUUUUUUUUUUUGUUAGUGUCAUCUUCGCAUUGACGCGCACCU